UUCCCAAGAUGGCGUCUUUCCUGUUCCAUUGGAGACGUCAGCAAAGGUUCUCCGGCCUCAGCGGCUUGGUGUCGGAUUGAAGGCGACAGUCAGCCUGGAGAGGAGGCGGGUCUGGAUGAACUCCUUGCUAUGAGAUCUUCUUUGAAUAGAAAUGGAGAAGUUUGGUGUAAACUUUGGUGGCCCCAGUAAGAAAGAACUUUUGGAUACAAUUGAGGCACAGAAGAAGCAACUGUUCCAAUACCAGACACGUCUCAGAGAUGUCGUCCGUGCUUAUAAAAGCCUCCUCAAAGAAAAGGAGGCAUUAGAGGCCAGUUUGAAAGUCCUCUCUGUGUCACAAGAGGUCGAUAGAAAUUUGCAGAACUUAGGUCCUGGAAGUACAGCCUGUGAACCAGGAGAUGACCAAAGCUCAGUUCAUAGUGAGGACAGUGUGGGGACAAUGAAUAGUAUGGAUGCAGCAGCUAGCACCAAAGGAGAAUUGAAUGAGGAACACAAAGGGUCAGCGGAACAUGUGGCUGGAGGAAAUUUCUCCCCAAAAUCUGAAGAAGCUAAUGGUUCAGAAAGCGGCAUCAGUGUUGGGAGUGGUGAGCAGCAAAGCCACAGUGACACGGAUAAAAUUAUGCAGUUGAAGAGCCAGUUGGCAACACUGACCAAUUCUUUGGCAACUGUCACACAGGAGAAAUCACGCAUGGAGGCCUCCUAUUUAACAGACAAAAAGAAAAUGAGGCAGGAGCUAGAAACGUUGACCCAAAGGUUUGAAGAAGAAAAUGCCAACUAUGAAGCAGAGAUUAAUAAAGUCCAGGAGCAGCUCGCAGAGGCCAAGGCUCGCAUCAUUACCCAGCAGCAUGAACGAAGUCGGGAACAGAGUGAUCAUGCCUCAAUGCUCCAAGAACUUCAAAUGUUGUUGCAGGAAGAGAGAGCUUUACGUCAAGAUGUAGAACUGAAAUUAGAAGACACAAGGGAUAUGUUGACAACAAAAAGCCAUGCAGCAGACAGGGUGGACGACUGUGAGUCUCAAAUGAAGCAUCUGAGUCGGGAAGUAGAUGAGGUGAAGUGUGCGUUACGGCUUGCUGAAGAAGAGAAAACAAGACCAGACCCACGUGUCAAGGAAUUGGAGGAAGAACUAAUUGAGACAAAAGCUCGUUAUCAGGCACAGCUUCAACUGGAAAUAAAAAAGGCUGCUCAGGCACAGGAACAGCUGCAUCAUUUGUCUCAAGUGGAGGAAGAACGUGUCGCAAGUUUGGAAAGCAGAGUCUCUGAGCUUUCUGAUCUCCUUGGCACUUACGACAAGAAUAAACAGAAAGACAAAAUGACAAUUUACAAAUUGAAGGAACGUAUAAUUCAGUUGGAUAUGGAAAACAAGACAUUGGCUAUUGCUGCUUCCAACAGAGCCCCUUCAGAUCUAACAAUAGACGAGUCAAAUCUUGAUGUUAAUAUUUUAAGGGACAAAAUGGAAAAGCUGAAGCGACUCCUAGUCUUGGCAAUCCAGAAGUCACAGGAGCCUUUGGACGUAGAGAAGCUUUGUGAAGUUGAUAUGUCAGAAACACCUGAAACAUCAGAUGGCGAGAAGGCCUCUGCUUUCUAUUAUCAACAAGAGUUGAAACAGCUGAAGGAAGAGUUUGAACGCUACAAGAUGAGGGCUCAAGUUGUCCUCAAAAACAAGAAUGCCAAAGAUGGCAGUACAACCAAAGAGCUGGAGAGUUUGCGUGAACAGCUGGCAGAGCUGAAGGAGAAGUAUAUUACCCAGCGACUGGCUUUUGAUGAAAUGGAAACGAAACACAAAGCUGAGAUUGAAGCAAAGAAUCUAGACAUUAGCCAACUCCAAGCAACUCACAAGAAAGAAAUAGAAAAGCUAGAGAGCCAAUGUCACGAGAGAGUUAUUAAACUGGAAGAAGAAAUGCACAAACACAGAGACAGAGCUCUUGCAGUUUUGGCUGAGAAAGACAGAGACACUGAAACUCUACGUUCAGGCCUUAGUGGGCUCCCUAAUCAUAGAACCUACAUUGAGAGCAGGUUUUGGUCUGAUGGGGAAGGUCCUGAGAAUACAGAUCACCUUCAAGAAGAUUUCUGUCAAGAUAUUCUAAAGCAGACAGCCAAUAUUUCAGGAUCCAAUGAAACCACUUUUCUUCACUAUGCCGAACAGCUAGCUCGAAAGGAGCUUGAGGUGACAACACUGAGAAAACAGAAACACCAAAUGGAAGCUGUGGUUCAUGAACUGGAGGACAGCCUUCUGAUGGAGAAGGAACGACACAAAGAAGUAGAAGAAGUUCUUCAAGAUGAGAUACAAAAACAUCUCAGGGACAAGAAACGUGAAGGAGCAAACCUAGAGUAUGUAAAAAAUGUAACAUAUAGGUUCCUAACCAUGCCAGAUACCCUAGGGCGCCAGCAGACAUUAACAGCUAUUCUCACAGUGUUGCACUUUAGUCCUCAGGAGAAGCAAAAUGUGAUGAAACAGCAGGCAAGCAGCUGGUGGGGUUCUGGCAAAAGAUGAUUUAUUCUGGACCAUGGUAAUUAUUAUUUGGUUAUUUAAUAGAAAAUGGACUUUUUCAGGUAUUUCUUACUAAUAGUUUUAUAGUGGGGCAUCUGUUUCUGUAAACACUAGCUGUACUGUAGCUUAGUGUCACUGCCAUUGCCAAAAAAUAAAAUCCUUCUAAUGCACAUCUAUCUGCCUAAUCUGGCAACAGCGCUCUAUUUCAUAAUGUAACAUUGGAAUAGUAUGUCAACUAGUUAUCUCUAUAUACCAAUUUGGAGAAGAUUAACAACAUAAACAACUCUUC